UUCCAUAACCAUGAGUGAAAAAAGAAUAAAGAGUGAUGCAUGAUUUUUAAACAUCUUUUCCUGAGAACAUAGUCAUGUUGGAAGGUCUUGUCGCCUGGGUUCUCAAUACCUACUUGGGGAAAUAUGUCAAUAACCUGAACACUGACCAGCUCUCCGUGGCGCUUCUCAAAGGUGCUGUUGAAUUAGAAAAUCUGCCAUUAAAGAAAGAUGCUUUGAAAGAACUGGAGUUGCCAUUUGAAGUCAAAGCUGGUUUCAUUGGCAAAGUAACCCUUCAGAUUCCCUUUUAUCGCCCCCACGUGGACCCUUGGGUGAUCUCCAUCUCUAGCCUGCACUUAAUUGGAGCCCCUGAAAAAAUACAGGACUUCAACGAUGAAAAGGAGAAGCAGCUGGAAAGAGAGCGCAAGAAAGCGCUACUGCAAGCUCUGGAGGAAAAAUGGAAGAGCGAGCGCCAGCAGAAAGGGGAGUCCUACUGGUACUCAGUCACCGCCUCUGUUGUCACGAGAAUCGUGGAGAACAUUGAAUUAAAAAUUCAAGAUGUCCACCUACGCUUUGAAGAUGGUGUCACCAACCCUUCCCAUCCUUUUGCGUUUGGCGUUUGCAUUAAGACAGUGUCCAUGCAGAAUGCAGUGAAUGAGCCUGUACAGAAACUAAUGCGGAAAAAGCAAUUAGAUGUGGAAGAGUUUAGCAUCUAUUGGGAUGUUGAUUGCACUUUGCUGGGGGAUCUGCCGCAGGUGGAGCUGCAGGAGGCCAUGGCCAGGAGUGCCGACAGUCGCUGUCACCGCUAUGUCCUGGAGCCCGUGUGUGCAUCUGCUCUCCUGAAGAGAAACUGCUCCAAGGAGCCACUGCGGUCUCGGCACAGGCCCCGCAUCGAGUGUGACAUUCAGCUGGAAACCAUCCCCUUGAAGCUCUCUCAGCUACAGUAUCGGCAAAUCAUGGAAUUUCUCAAGGAGCUGGAGCGAAAAGAGAGGCAGGUGAAGUUCCGAAAGUGGAAACCCAAAGUGGCGGUAUCAAAGAACUGCCGAGAAUGGUGGUAUUUUGCUUUGAAUGCCAACCUGUAUGAAAUCAGAGAGCAGAGGAAGCGUUGUGCCUGGGACUUCCUGCUGCAUCGCGCCCGUGAUGCUGUAUCCUACACUGACAAGUAUUUCACCAAGUUAAAGGGAGGCUUGCUGUCUGCAGGUGACAAGGAGGAAAUGUAUCGGAUUGAAGAGGAACAGAGCUUUGAGGAACUGAAGAUUUUGCGUGAACUGGUUCAUGAUCGAUUUUACAAACAAGAAGAGCUAGCAGAGAGUCUACGAGAGCCUCAGCUCGAUUCUCCUGCAGACUCUCCCGGAGCUCCGGAAGCCGGUGGAAGCAGUGGCAUGCUGCAGUAUCUUCAGUCGUGGUUUCCUGGCUGGGGUGGCUGGUCCGGGCAGCCAAGCCCUGAAGGCAAAGCUGUGGAGGGGCUGUUGGCAGAGCCUCCUGAGCACUGGGCUCCCGAGGAGCUCCUGGGCACCGAGGAGUUUUUCGACCCCACUGCCGAUGCCUCGUGUCUGAACACAUACACAAAGCGCGACCAUGUCUUUGCCAAGCUGAAUUUGCAGCUGCAGCGAGGUACGGUGACACUGUCACACGAGGAGCAAGGCACGCCUCACGUGAGCGAGAGUGCGUUCAUGCAGCUCGAGUUUUCAGAUGUGAAAUUGCUGGCAGAAUCUCUACCUCGAAGACACUCAUCUUUGCUUUUAGUCCGGCUGGGGGGACUGUUUCUUCGAGACCUGGCUACGGAAGGAACCAUGUUUCCCCUUCUGGUCUUCCCUAACCCACAGAAAGAAGUUGGCAGAGUCUCACAGUCUUUUGGUCUUCAGGCCACAUCGACAGACAGAAGUGAUCAAUAUGUUGCUGCACAUCCGGAUGACCCCGUUUUUGAGAUGCUGUAUGAGAGAAACCCAGCACACAGCCACUUUGAGAGGCGACUGAACGUCAGCACGAGGCCCCUGAACAUCAUAUACAAUCCGCAGGCCAUCAAGAAAGUAGCUGACUUUUUCUACAAGGGAAAGGUUCAUACCUCAGGUUUUGGUUAUCAGUCUGAACUUGAGUUGAGAGUAGCUGAAGCUGCCCGAAGACAGUACAACAAGCUGAAGAUGCAGACCAAGGCGGAGAUCCGGCAAACCCUUGAUCGCCUGCUAGUGGGGGAUUUCAUUGAGGAGAGUAAACGGUGGAGUAUACGACUAGAUAUUUCUGCUCCUCAAGUGAUAUUCCCUGAUGACUUCAAAUUGCAGAACCCCGUGUUGGUUGUUGUGGAUCUAGGAAGAAUGCUGUUGACGAACACCCAAGAUGAGUCCAAGAGGAAAAGUGGGGAUGGGUCGGCCUCGGAUGAGAACCAGUUCAGUGAUGACGAAUAUAAGACCCCUCUAGCCACACCCCCCAACACUCCGCCUCCGGAACCCGGCAGCCCCGGAGAGAACACCCCUCCGUUUGCUGGGGUGGAGUUCAGUGAGGAACAGCUGCAAGCACACUUAAUGAGCACCAAGAUGUACGAGAGGUACUCCCUGUCAUUUAUGGACCUGCAGAUCAUGGUCGGACGAGUCAAAGACAACUGGAAACAUGUCCAGGCUAUUGAUGUGGGACCAACCCAUGUGGUGGAGAAAUUUAACGUCCACCUGCAGCUGGAACGCCGAUUGAUUUACACUUCAGACCCCAAAUACCCAGGAGCCGUGCUCUCAGGCAAUUUACCAGACCUAAAAAUUCACAUCAAUGAAGAUAAAAUAUCUGCUCUCAAGAACUGCUUUGCUCUCCUCACCACGCAGGAAGUGAGGGCUUCUGACACCCAGAUUAGAGAGAAGAUUUUCCCCGAGGAGGAUCAGCAAGGAAGCUUGCAAGACUCGGUCAUGAACCUAACGCAGAGCAUCGUGAUGCUGGAGCAGCACACGCGGGAAGUCCUGGUGGAGUCCCAGCUUCUCCUGGCCGAGUUUAAAGUUAACUGUAUGCAGCUUGGUGUCGAGAGCAAUGGCCGGUACAUUUCUGUGCUCAAGGUAUUCGGUACCAACGCUCACUUUGUGAAGAGGCCUUACGAUGCAGAAGUCUCCCUGACUGUUCAUGGUUUGCUCCUGGUAGACACCAUGCAGACAUACGGUGCCGAUUUUGACCUUUUGAUGGCUUCACAUAAGAACUUGAGUUUCGAUAUUCCAACAGGAAGUCUUAGAGACAGCAGGGCCCAAUCUCCUGUUUCUGGACCUAAUGUGGCCUGCUUCACUGAGGCAGCCAUGCUGAAUGACCCAUCUGCUGCUUCCAGCGUUUCCCUUAACAAAAUCCUCACCAAAGAACAAGAGUCCCUCAUUAAACUGGAAUAUCAGUUUGUGAGUUCAGAGUGCCCAUCCAUGCAUCUGGACAGCACUCUUCAGGUGAUCUCAUUACAGGUGAAUAAUCUGGAUAUUAUCCUAAAUCCAGAGACAAUUGUGGAGCUGAUUGGUUUUCUUCAAAAAUGCUUCCCCAAGGAAAAAGAUGAUUUGAGUCCUCAACCCUUAACGACUGAUUUUGAAAGCAAUGUGAAAGAACAAGGGACUUACCAGUCUACAUAUGAACAAAAUACUGAGGUUGCUGUAGAAAUCCACAGACUUAAUUUAUUGCUCCUUCGGACUGUGGGGAUGGCAAAUGGAGAGAAAUAUGGCAGAAAAAUUGCAACUGCAAGUAUAGGGGGCACUAAAGUUAAUGUCUCAAUGGGUAGUACAUUUGAUAUGAAUGGUUCUCUGGGCUGUUUGCAGCUAAUGGACUUGACACAGGAUAAUGUUAAAAACCAGUAUGUUGUCAGCAUUGGGAGUUCUGUAGGCUAUGAGAAUCUCAUCAGUGACAUUGGCUGCUUUGAAUCUGUGUAUGUCAGGAUGGAAGAUGCAACCCUUACUGAAGCUCUGAGCUUCACAUUUGCUGAGAGGUCUAAACAGGAGUGUUGUCUCCACCUAAAGAUGGCCUCCUUGCAUUAUAACCAUUCUGCUAAAUUCUUGAAGGAAGUGACAUUGUCUAUGGAUGAACUGGAAGAAAAUUUUCGAAGCAUGCUGAAAAGUGCAGCCUCCAAAGUCACCACAGUCCUAGCCACCAAGACUGCUGAGUACAGUGAGAUGGUGUCACUCUUUGAAACUCCAAAAAAGACUCGAGAACCCUUUAUCUUAGAGGAAAAUGACAUCUAUGGGCUUGGCCUGGCUUCACCUCGUUUGGAUACUGUAAAGUUAAUCUUGAACAUAAACAUUGAAUCCCCAGUUGUUUCUGUCCCCCGGAAGCCUGGGAGUCCCGAGUUGUUGGUUGGACACUUGGGACAGAUAUUUAUCCAGAAUUUUGUGGCUGGAGAUGAUGACUCCAGAAGUGACCGUCUACAGGUGGAAAUCAAGGACAUUAAACUGUAUUCCCUGAACUGCAGCCAGCUGUCAGGCAGAGAAGGUGCGGGGUCUGAGGCAGGCCGGGUGUUCUGCCCAUCGUCUGGGUCUGCCAGUGUCAACAGCCAAGAGGAUGCUCGUUUCACCAGACACGAUUUCUUUGAGUCUUUGCAUAGAGGUCAAGCUUUUCACAUCCUGAACAACACCACCAUUCAGUUUAGACUGGAGAAGAUCCCCAUAGAGAGAGAAUCUGAAUUAACUUUCUCCCUCAGUCCGGAUGACCUGGGAACUUCUAGCAUCAUGAAGAUCGAAGGCAAGUUCGUCAAUCCAGUUCAGGUGGUGUUAGCCAAGCAUGUAUAUGAGCAGGUGUUACAAACGUUGGACAACCUUGUAUACACUGAAGAUCUGAAUAAAUUUCCGGCUAGUGCUGCCUCCUCCUGCCCCAGCUCUCCGCUGCCUCCCCUCAGCACCUGUGGAGAACCUCCUGCUGAGAGGAAGGACAAUGGAUUGUUCAGCCAUGCCAGCCUUUCCAGCACAUCGCAGAAGUCCUUCCCUGUGAAGGAAGUCAGAUCCUUUACUCAGAUUCAAGCCAAUUUUUGUAUAUCAGAGCUUCAAGUUCAGCUAAGUGGAGACCUGACUUUAGGGGCCCAGGGACUUGUGAGCUUAAAGUUUCAGGAUUUUGAAGUGGAAUUCAGUAAAGAUCAUCCUCAGACUUUAUCCAUUCAGAUUGCGCUGCGCUCCCUGCUGAUGGAGGACUUGCUGGAGAAGAAUCCGGAUUCCAAAUAUAAGAACCUGAUGGUGUCUCGAGGAGCUCCUAAGCCGUCCAGCUUAACCCAGAAAGAAUACCUGUCUCAGUCUUGCCCUUUGGUGUCCAAUGUGGAGUACCCUGACAUGCCACGCUCGCUCCCUUCCCACAUGGAAGAAGCUCCUAAUGUCUUUCAGUUUUAUCAGAGACCCACCUCUGCCUCCCGGAAAAAGCCAAAGGAAGUCCAGGACAAGGAGUAUCCCUUAACCCCGCCUCCUUCUCCAACCAGAGACGAGCCCAAGGUGCUCACUGGAAAGAGUAAAUUUGAUGAUUCCUUGGUCCAUAUCAAUAUAUUCUUGGUAGAUAAGAAACAUCCAGAAUUCUCUUCCAGUUACAAUAGAAUUAACCGUAGCAUAGAUGUUGAUUUUAACUGCCUCGACGUGCUGAUCACACUGCAGACCUGGGUAGUGAUACUGGACUUUUUUGGAAUUGGCUCCACUGCAGACAACCAUGCAUUGAAAAUGCCACCUGAGGACAUUCUGCAAAAUGUGAGGUCAGAAUCCAGUGCUGUAGCAGAGACUGAACUUCAGGAUCCAGUUAACACAAAGUUGGAUCUCAAGGUUCACUCACUCUCUCUCGUGCUGAAUAAGACCACCAGUGAGCUUGCUAAAGCCAAUGUGUCCAAACUAGUAGCACACCUGGAAAUGAUCGAGGGAGACCUGGCCUUGCAGGGCAGCAUCGGGAGUCUCUCUCUCAGUGACCUUACGUCCCAUGGAGAAUUCUACAGAGAACGCUUCACGACAAGUGGAGAAGAAGCCCUCAUCUUCCAGACUUUUAAGUACGGGCGGCCUGACCCACUGCUGCGCAGAGAGCACGACGUGCGUGUGAGUCUGCAGAUGGCCUCGGUGCAGUACGUGCACACGCAGCGCUUCCAGGCCGAGGUCGUGGCCUUCAUCCAGCAUUUCACUCAGCUGCAGGACGUCUUGGGGCGCCAGCGGGCGGCCAUCGAGGGGCAGACGGUGCGAGAUCAAGCCCAGCGCUGUCCACGGGUCCUCCUAGAUAUUGAAGCCGGGGCUCCUGUUCUUCUUAUCCCAGAAAGUUCCAGAUCAAAUAAUCUGAUUGUGGCAAAUCUGGGGAAGCUGAAGGUCAAGAACAAAUUUCUCUUUGCUGGUUUUCCUGGGACCUUUUCCUUGCAGGAUAAGGAAUCAGUGCCUUCAGCUUCCCCAACAGGCACCCCCAAACACAGUAUGAGGAAAAUGACAAUCACAGAGAACCCCAAGGGAGCCCAUUCCUUGGGGCUGUUCAUGAUGCCUUCUGUUGGAGGCGGUCCGGAGAGCCAGAGGGACUCUGUGCCUAGUACCUGUGCCAGGCAGCGAGGGCAGCAGGCCGCGUCAUUUGCAGGCCAUAUUUCCAGCAGUCCAGAAGACCACGUCUGCCUUCUGGACUGCAUUGUCGUGGAUCUGCAGGACAUGGACAUCUUUGCUGCUGAGCGACGGCCACGCGAGUACUCUGCCCCUUCUGAGGACAGCAGUGGAGAUCUCGUCUUCCCCUCCUAUUUUGUGCGGCAAACAGGAGGAAGCCUGCUAACUGAGCCAUGCAGGCUCAAAUUGCAGGUGGAGAGGAAUUUAGACAAAGAAAUUAGUCAUACUGUGCCAGACAUAUCUAUCCAUGGCAAUCUCUCUUCAGUCCACUGCUCCCUGGAUUUGUCAAAAUAUAAGCUCAUCCGUGGCCUGUUAGAAAACAACCUUGGAGAGCCCAUAGAGGAAUUUAUGCGACCCUAUGAUUUACAAGAUCCAAGAAUUCAUACUGUUCUCAGUGGAGAAGUGUACACCGGCAUGUGCUUCCUUGUGGACAUGGUAAAUGUAAGCCUGGAGCUUAAAGAUCCAAAAGGAAAGGAAAGUGCCAGCUCCCUGGCCAGAUUUGACUUCAAGAAAUGCAGACUGCUCUAUGAGAGCUUUUCCAACCAGACUAAGUCCAUUAACUUAGUUUCCCAUUCUAUGCUGGCCUUUGACACUCGCUGUGCUGGGCAGAAGGCCAGUCCUGGCACAGCCAAUGUGUUCAGUUGCAUCUUCCAGCCUUCCAAGAGCAGCACCACUCAAGGAUCUAUUCAGAUUGAGCUGCAUUUCAGGUCUACCAAGGAUUCCUCCUGUUUUACAGUAGUUCUCAACAAUCUUCGUGUGUUUCUCAUAUUUGAUUGGCUCCUGUUAGUCCAUGAUUUUCUUCAUACUCCCAGUGAUAUUAAGAAACAGAAUGUUACUCCUCGUCACCGGCACUCUAGCAGUGAAUCCACUGUGGUUCCCAAAACUGUGAAGAGCGGAGUAGUUACCAAGCGGUCCUCCCUUCCUGUGUCUAAUGAAAGACAUCUGGAGGUCAAGAUCAAUGUAACAGGCACGGAGUUUGUGGUCGUUGAAGAUGUGUCCUGCUUCGAUACCAAUGCCGUCAUUCUGAAAGGCACCACAGUGCUCACCUACAAGCCCCGCUUUGUUGACCGCCCCUUUUCAGGCAGUUUGUUUGGCAUUGAGGUGUUUUCAUGCCGACUUGGGAAUGAACAAGAGACAGCACUUUCAAUUAUCGAUCCGGUACAAAUUCAGGUGGAGCUGGUGGGGAAUUCUUCUUACCAGAACAGCUCGGGACUGAUGGAUGCAUUCAAUAGUGAAGAUUUUCCGCCUGUCUUGGAGAUUCAGUUGCAAGCCCUGGAUAUCAGACUGUCAUAUAAUGAUGUUCAGCUGUUUCUUGCCAUUGCGAAAUCCAUCCCAGAGCAAGCUAGUGCUGCGGUGCCGGAGCCAGUGGCCUCGGAGUCAGACUCUGUUGGCAGUCACCUCUCGGGCACAGCUCGAGUUGGAGAAGAAAUCAGAGAAGGGACAAGACAUAGCUUAGAUCCGGUCUUGGAGUUACAAUUGGCAAGACUGCAGGAGCUGGGAUUCAGCAUGGAGGACUGUCGCAAAGCCCUGCUGGUGUGUCAAGGGCAACUGAAGAAGGCAGCAAGUUGGCUGUUUAAGAACGCAGAGCCCCUGAAGUCUCUGUCGGUGGCCUCCGGCAGCCGGGACAGCCCUGGGGCCGGGGCAGCCGCCCGCCUCUCUGGCGUGGAGAUCAAGGCCGAGAGCGUGUGCAUCUGCUUCAUCGACGACUGCAUGGACUGCGAUGUUCCUCUUGCUGAGCUCACCUUCUCCCGUCUGAAUUUUCUCCAGCACAUGAGAACCAGCCCUGAGGGCUAUGCCCAUUUCACUCUUUCUGGAGAUUAUUAUAACCGUGCUUUGUCAGGUUGGGAGCCGUUUAUUGAACCCUGGCCGUGCUCUGUAUCCUGGCAGCGGCAGGCAGCUAGUCGGCUCCAUCCUUCUCGCCUGAAGCUGGAAGUGAAGGCCAAACCCCGCUUGGAUGUCAAUGUCACUUCUGUACUGAUUGAUCAGUAUGUGAGUACCAAGGAGUCAUGGAUGGCGGAUUACUGUAAAGAAGAUGAACAAGCAGAGGCAGCAAAGUCAGAAGACUGGAUGGGCUCAUCGGUGGAUCCUCCAUGUUUUGGGCAAAGCCUCCCCCUUGUCUACCUUAGAACUAGGAGUACAGCCAGUCUGACUAACCUAGAGCACCAGAUCUAUGCUAGAGGUACAGUGAAAACCCCCAAGCGUCGACAGCCGUUUGUCCCCUUUGCCCUGAGGAACCAGACGGGGUGCACUUUGUGGUUCGCCACCCUGACCACCACGCCCACCAGGGCUGCACUGUCUCAUAGCGGGAGUCCAGGCGUAGUCCCAGAAGGGAACAGCUCAUUUCUGGACGAUGCUCACAACGUCAGUGAAUGGCGAGAAGUUCUCACGGGUGAGGAGAUUCCCUUUGAAUUUGAAGCAAGAGGAAAGUUAAGGCACAGACACACCCAUGACCUCCGCAUUCAUCAGCUACAAGUGCGAGUGAAUGGCUGGGAGCAAGUGAGCCCCGUGUCUGUGGACAAAGUCGGGACCUUUUUCCGAUAUGCAGCUCCAGAUAAGAAUUCCUCUUCCUCCACGAUUGGCAGCCCGAGCAGCAGAACAAACAUUAUACAUCCCCAAGUCUACUUCUCUUCACUCCCACCUGUCCGGGUGGUCUUUGCAGUGACGAUGGAGGGCAGCGCUCGCAAAGUCAUCACUGUGAGAUCAGCCCUCAUUGUGAGGAACCGCCUGGAGACGCCCAUGGAACUAAGACUGGACAGCCCAUCAGCUCCAGACAAGCCAGUGGUGCUUCCUGCUGUCAUGCCGGGGGAUUCGUUUGCUGUGCCUUUACACCUUACCUCUUGGCGGCUACAGGCCCGGCCUAAAGGGCUGGGUGUGUUUUUCUGUAAGGCUCCUAUUCAUUGGACCAAUGUGGUGAAGACUGCAGAGGUUAGUAGCAGCAAACGAGAAUGUCACUCUAUGGAAACAGAAAAAAGCCGAUUUUUCAGGUUUUGUGUGGCUAUAAAGAAGGAAAAUUAUCCAGAUUAUAUGCCUUCCAGUAUAUUUUCUGAUAGUGCAAAACAGAUUUUCAGACAGCCUGGGCAUACCAUAUAUCUCUUGCCAACUGUGGUAAUCUGCAACCUGCUACCCUGUGAACUUGACUUUUAUGUUAAAGGAGUACCAAUUAAUGGGACACUGAAACCCGGCCGAGAGGCAGCCCUGCACACAGCUGAUACAUCCCAGAACAUUGAGCUGGGAGUAUCACUGGAGAAUUUUCCACUCUGCAAAGAAUUGCUCAUUCCACCUGGAACCCAAAACUACAUGGUGCGAAUGCGACUCUAUGACAUCAAUCGGCGGCAGCUAAACCUCACCAUCCGCAUUGUGUGUCGAGCAGAAGGAUCCUUAAAGAUCUUCAUUUCUGCUCCCUACUGGCUCAUUAACAAAACAGGGUUGCCACUGAUCUUCAGACAGGACAAUGCAAAGACUGAUGGUGCAGGCCAGUUUGAGGAACAUGAGUUGGCCCGGAGCCUGAGCCCUCUCUUGUUCUGCUAUGCCGACAAAGAGCAGCCAAACCUCUGCACGAUGCGAAUCGGAAGAGGAAUUCAUCCAGAAAGCACUCCGGGCUGGUGCCAGGGCUUCUCGCUGGAUGGUGGGAAUGGUGUCCGGGCUUUGAAAGUCAUCCAGCCAGGAAACCGCCCAGGACUCAUCUACAACAUUGGCAUUGAUGUCAAGAAAGGCCGUGGUCGGUAUAUUGACACCUGCAUGGUCAUCUUUGCCCCCCGCUACCUGUUGGAUAAUAAAUCGUCUCACAAGCUCGCGUUUGCACAGAGGGAAUUUGCCAGGGGACAGGGAACAGCCAAUCCCGAAGGUUACAUCUCCACUCUUCCUGGUUCCAGUGUGGUUUUCCACUGGCCUCGGAAUGACUAUGAUCAGCUGUUGUGUGUCAGACUGAUGGAUGUUCCCAAUUGUAUUUGGUCUGGUGGCUUUGAGGUCAACAAGAAUAAUUCCUUCCAUAUCAACAUGAGGGAUACGUUGGGAAAAUGCUUCUUCCUACGAGUGGAGAUUACUCUUAGAGGAGCCACAUAUAGGAUCUCAUUUAGUGACACGGAUCAGUUGCCUCCUCCGUUCCGAAUUGACAACUUUUCUAAGGUGCCAGUGGUGUUCACCCAGCACGGGGUGGCAGAGCCCAGGCUCCGGACAGAGGUGAAGCCUAUGACUUCGUUGGAUUAUGCCUGGGACGAGCCCACGCUGCCUCCUUUUAUCACCCUCACCGUAAAAGGCGCAGGUUCCUCAGAGAUCAGCUGCAACAUGAAUGAUUUCCAGGAUAAUCGCCAGCUUUUUUAUGAAAAUUUCAUUUAUAUUGCUGCUACCUACACAUUUUCUGGUUUGCAGGAGGGAACCGGAAGGCCUGUGGCUUCCAACAAAGUCAUCACCUGUGCAGAGCUCGUAUUGGAUGUCUCACCAAAAACACAAAGAGUUAUUUUAAAGAAGAAGGAGCCAGGGAAGCGUUCCCAGCUGUGGAGGAUGACAAGCACUGGAAUGCUGGCCCACGAGGGCUCUUCAGUUCCUCAUAACCCUAACAAGCCCUCGGCCACGCGCUCCACCGAGGCCGCCGCCAUCCUGGACAUCGCCGGCCUCGCCGCAGUGACUGACAACAGAUAUGAGCCUCUUAUGCUCAGAAAGCCUGACCGCAGGCGAAGCACGACGCAGACAUGGAGUUUCCGGGAAGGCAAGCUGACCUGUGGGUUACAUGGGCUGGUUGUUCAGGCUAAAGGAGGGCUUUCUGGUCUGUUUGAUGGAGCUGAAGUUGUUCUUGGUCCUGACACUUCUGUGGAGCUUCUGGGUCCAGUUCCACCUGAACAACAAUUUAUUAACCAGAAAAUGAGGCCUGGUUCUGGAAUGUUAGCCAUCAGAGUCAUCCCAGAUGGACCAACCAGAGCACUGCAGAUAACCGAUUUCUGCCAGCGGAAAAAUGACCGCUCAUCGUAUGAGGUGGAUGAGCUUCCCGUUACAGAGCAAGAACUGCAGAAAUUAAGGAAUCCAGAAACAGACCAAGAAUUGGAAGUGCUUGUGAGGCUAGAAGGUGGUAUUGGGUUAUCCUUAAUUAAUAAAGUCCCAGAGGAACUGGUUUUUGCAAGUCUUACGGGAAUCAAUGUGCAUUAUACACAGCUGGCAACGAGUCACAUGCUGGAACUCAGCGUACAGGAUGUACAGGUGGACAAUCAGCUCAUUGGUACCACUCAGCCCUUCAUGCUGUAUGUGACUCCCCUGAGCAACGAAAAUGAGGUCAUUGAGAGCGGCCCCGCAGUGCAAGUCAACGCGGUCAAGUUCCCCAGUAGGAGCACGCUGACUAACAUCUACAAGCAUCUGCUGGUCACGGCUCAGAGAUUCACGGUGCAGAUAGAGGAGAAACUGCUGCUCAAGCUGCUCAGCUUCUUCGGCUAUGAUCAGGCAGAAUCAGAGGUGGAAAAGUAUGAUGAAAACCUCCAUGAAAAGACCGUGGAGCAAGGAGGGACGCCAGUUCGCUACUACUUUGAAAAUCUCAAGAUCAGCAUUCCGCAGAUCAAGCUGAGUGUGUUCACCUCCAGCAAGCUGCCGUUGGAUCUGAAGGCCCUGAAAAGCACCUUGGGAUUUCCAUUGAUUCGGUUUGAAGAUGCUGUGAUUAACCUGGAUCCAUUCACUCGGGUCCAUCCCUACGAGACAAAGGAGUUCAUCAUCAAUGAUGUUCUCAAACACUUUCAGGAGGAACUUCUCAGCCAGGCAGCUCGCAUCCUGGGAUCAGUGGAUUUCCUUGGCAAUCCCAUGGGACUUUUGAAUGAUGUUUCUGAAGGAGUUACUGGGCUGAUAAAGUAUGGAAAUGUUGGAGGCCUUAUCAGAAAUGUUACCCACGGAGUGUCCAACUCUGCGGCCAAGUUUGCAGGGACAUUAUCAGAUGGCUUAGGGAAGACCAUGGAUAAUCGGCACCAGUCGGAGCGGGAGUACAUCAGGUACCACGCAGCGACCAGCGGGGAGCAUCUUGUAGCUGGCAUCCAUGGCCUGGCUCACGGUAUCAUUGGUGGAUUGACCAGUGUUAUAACCUCAACAGUGGAAGGUGUGAAAACAGAAGGGGGUGUGAGCGGCUUCAUAUCUGGCUUUGGAAAAGGGCUCGUUGGCACUGUGACCAAACCAGUGGCAGGCGCCCUGGACUUUGCAUCAGAAACAGCGCAGGCGGUGAGAGACACAGCCACGCUGAAUGGCCCCAGGACUCAAGCACAGAGGGUUCGGAAGCCACGCUGCUGCACAGGGCCCCAGGGGCUGCUCCCCCGCUACUCCGAGAGCCAAGCAGAAGGGCAGGAGCAGCUCUUCAAACUAACAGACAACAUCCAGGAUGAAUUCUUCAUAGCCGUGGAGAACACAGACAGCUACUGCGUGCUCAUCUCCUCCAAGGCGGUGUACUUCCUGAAGAGCGGGGACUACGUGGACAGAGAGGCCAUUUUCCUAGAAGUCAAGUACGAUGACCUCUACCACUGCCUUGUCUCCAAAGACCACGGGAAGGUGUAUGUGCAGGUGACCAAGAAAGCAGUGAACUCGAGCAGUGGCGUGUCCAUCCCGGGGCCGUCCCACCAGAAGCCGAUGGUCCAUGUGAAAUCCGAGGCCCUUGCCGUCAAGCUGUCGCAGGAGAUCAACUAUGCAAAGAGCCUUUACUACGAGCAGCAGCUCAUGCUGAGGCUCAGUGAGAACCAGGAGCACCUGGAGCUGGACGCCUGAGCACGCGGCCGUGGAGGAGCGAUGCUGCAGCCAUGGCCAGGCCAGCCCGGCUCAAAGCCCAGGGAGAGGAGAACCUCACGGGAGGUGUGAGUGGAAGCCCUGCUCACCUGUGCCACUUGGCGUGACGUUAGAUGAUGGGGAAGUAAUUUUUUAAACACUAUUGAGUGAAUAACAUAAAGAAAGUACUGAGAUGAAUCUAAUGCUGAGACUGCCCUGUAUUUUGUUGACUUGUAUAUAUGUACAAGCACUUGUUUGUAAAUAGAUAGGAACAUCUCAGAAGGGGCCCUGUGACCUGUGGGAAGGUGUGUUCAAUGUAUAGUCAUAUAAAAUUCUGUUGGACCUUCUAUUGCACUAAUCGUACACAGCUAAUUCAGGGUACUCUAUAGAAAGGCAUCCUCAGGAGGGGGAACAGGACCAUACUGAGCUUUUACAGACUAAAGGAAGCGUGGGAAACAGGUGGUGGGAGACCCGGUGCCAGCCUGAUGUCUGGGCAGCCCAUGCCAUCCAGGCCCGAGGGACAAGCUGGGACCCCAGAAGCAGAGCUGGCCUUGGGUGUGCAGGGGAAGCAUGGGUGCCCACUCUUCCUUGCCCUCCCCACACAUUCCCCCUUAGCUGCUCACAGAUCAUAUUGCAAUCUGUUUGGCUCUCUCCUAAGCAGUCUCCCUGAGUGUGUUUUGGGUUGCUUUAAUGGCCAUUGGCAGGUGUUUCAAACGUUGGUAAGCUCUUUUGUCUUAAAAGAAGAAAAAUCCCAUUGCUUGUUGUGCAAAGUCACAGUUGCAAUGAGCACAAUGUCCCUCUGAAGCCCAGCAGCUCAGGAGCAAGUCCUGGGCUCUCCUGGCUUGACAGCCUCCCGGCCUCACAGCAACAGAGGACAGAGGGGUUAGUGACGCAGUGGUAAAGGGCCGUUCUGUGAGCUCCUCAUGGGAGCCUGCUUUGGCGGAGGUGUCAGAAUCCAGCCAGCCCCAGUGCCCCCUGCUCCUCGGGCCUUCUUUUUGCUAUUUUUCCUUUUCUGUGAGAAAUAAAUGGGGAAGGGGGGGCUCAUUCCAGAAUGAAUAAGCCACCUUGUGAUUUUAACAUUUUUAUUUUAAUAAAGCUAAUCAGUUUCUAGAGUCUUGCCGUGUGGAGCUGAGGUGCGGGGUGACUUGGCAGUGGUGCCAAAGGUUUGGGAAUUUCUGACACAUAACCCAGGUGCUUCCGGGACCCAGGAAGUUGGUUCUCUUGUUCGCACGCACCUCCCUCUUCCUCUCUGUGCAUUCACUGCUGCUCAGCUCAGUGCUGGUGGAAAGCUCCCUCCUCCUGAGCUCCAAGCGUUAGGCUACAAGGGGCUUGCAGGUCGCAGAGUUCAGCUUCCUUUGGCGGGCUUUGUGUUGGGCGGGGCGGUUGGGAUGCCGUGUGCGCAUGCCCAAGAGCCAAGGCCUGACUCCUCCCGCUCUUCCUCUGCGCCUACAUCUGCCCCCCGCACCCCCCCCCCAAGUUGGUUCGUGGUUUUUGUCAUCAGUACCCACUAAAGAUGAGACUCUCAGAGAGUUGGUGGUGUUCGCCAGUGAGCCUUGUGUCACUUCCUGGAAAAGGUCACUUGAAAUUCUUUUUUUGGAUUAAAGAGCUCAGCGUCCCUACUGACUGCAGGAAGUUGGCUGCCGAGGGCUGCCCAGGGGGCUGGCACUCCACAGGCCUCCUCCUGGCCUCUUCUGAUUUCCAUCAGCUCUUUAAAUAGUCGCCCAUCUCCCCAGAUUGCACAACCACUCCCUUUGACAUUUGCGCCUUAAAAGAGACAGAUGUGAAAAUGGGAUCCAAAGACCAAGUGGGGUGGGGCGGUAGGGUGUUGGGAGGGCCAACUGGGAGGCUCCAAAAACUGCCUCCUCCUUCCUCCCAGGCCGGGCUAAGGUUUCAGGGGCUUGUGACGCAGCUUUCUGCUUCGCCCAAGUCCCUGGGAGGAGCAGGUCUUGCCCCUGGUGCCCGGAAUGCCCGUCUCUCUCUAACCAGUGCUGUCUGAGACCAUUCUAGGACAAUUUCUACCAGCUUUCUCGCUGCCACAAAUCCGCCAUUCCUCUCCAAGGAUGGUGAAGUGAAUGGAGUGAGGGGCCAUGGGAAGCUGUCCCUUGGAGAGUUCCCUGGCCCAGCACAGUUGGCCCAAUCACUGUCUCUCCUUGCCGACAAGCCCGGGGUCCUCACACUUGCAGCCAAGGACAGGCGGUGGCCUCUGCUCUGGCCAAGCGCCUUGCUGCAGGGGCUGCUCACCCCUGUGUCUUGAGAAUCUUCUGUGCCUCAAAAUAACAGUCGUCACUGCUGGGCAAGAUUGUGGGGAGUGACUGUCAUUGUCCCCAGGGUGUUACGGCUCCUCCAUCCGGGCCUUACCCCAGAGUUGUCAUUCCUCUUCCUGUGGAAUAAAAUGUGCUGUUGACCUCC